AUAGGAGCCCUUUCUCAAGUUUACACUUUACUACCCAUUUGUUAGGGUUUCUUAUCGGGUAAUCACCCCUGUGAUUCAUUUUGUAUUUUCGCUCCGUCGCUCGGAGUCUGGACUCCUCGUAGGUCGUAGCACAGAGCAAUUCGCAAGGAAGGAGCUAUUGGUGGUUUUGAUCGGUGGUUUCCAGAGUUGUUGUAGUUUUGGAUCUCUAUAUCUGAAGAAUUUAAUUGGGAUAUUUUGUAUUUCCUCGAUAUGAGUCCAGACAGCAGCAGGAGUCCUCCACGAGCUAGGCGGUUCCGCAGUGGCGAGCGUGCAUCUUACCGUGAUGCUCCCUAUCGAAGGGAUCGCCGCAGUUACAGGCAAGAUUAUCUAUGCAAGAACUGUAAACGACCUGGACAUUAUGCCAGAGAUUGUCCUAACGUGGCUGUCUGCAACAAUUGUGGACUUCCUGGUCACAUUGCCUCUGACUGUAACUCAGCAACCAUGUGUUGGAACUGCAAGGAGCCUGGACAUGUUGCAAGCCAGUGCAACAACGAUCCAAUCUGUCAUGUGUGUGGCAAAACAGGUCACCUGGCUCGUGAGUGCUCUGGUUCAGGCUUACCUCCUUAUGACCCAAGACUCUGCAACAAUUGCUACAAGCCAGGCCAUAUUGCUGCUGACUGCACCAAUGAGAAGGCCUGCAACAACUGUCGCAAGACUGGCCACCUGGCCCGUGAAUGCCCUAAUGAACCUGUCUGCAAUAUCUGCAAUGUGUCGGGUCAUGUUGCCCGUCAGUGUCUCAAGUCUGGCUUAGCAUCGGAGAUAGCUGGUGGACCUUUCCGUGACAUAUUCUGCCGCAACUGCGGCCAACCGGGUCACAUUAGUCGUGAUUGUGUCUCGAUUGUCAUCUGCCAGAAUUGUGGUGGCCGCGGUCACCAUGCAUUCGAGUGCCCCUCGGGUCGAAUGGGACUACGCAGAUACUGAGAGGGGAAUAUAUUGCAGGUAGUAGGUGGAGUUAUUCAUUGGAAGUUUUUGAUAUGUUGCAAUUCUGGAAAGUACUUGUUCUCUUUUGAAUAUGACGUGCAUUAGAAAGUUUUUUGGCCAUUUUUUUUCUUCUUGUACUUGGAUUCUCUUAAACUCUUCACAGCCUGAGAUCUUUCUGUUAGUGUUUUCUUGAUAGCAAUCUAGAACCGCAUCCUUUUCCUUGGGGGCUGUGGCUCGCCAACUUA